AAAAAUCUUGCGGACGCAGUUCUUUGGAGGUGACAUUCUUAUUGGAAGGAAUUGUCAAAUCAAUAAGUAAUCUCAUAUUGACCUUUUUCAUUGGUAGGAAAUGCUGGAGUGGAUUUUGUGUGGGCUACUGAUUAUCGUGACCUAUGUUGUUCUAACCUUGACCUCCACUUCUGGCAGUCAGUAUGCUGACAACAGUAUAGAUGCAUUCAUCAGUAAAGACAGUCCAGCAGUGAAGGGGAGACAACCAAGAGAAUCUAAGUACACUAAGGACUACACAACAGAGGGACAGCAGAUCCUGGUGUUGUACGGGACAGAGUACGGCUUCAGUGAGGAGGUGGCCAGGAAACUGUUUGACAGGUAUGUUCCACCAACCGAUGCUCUUCCUUUUUAUGAGAUGCUGUUGAAAUCUGGUGAAGAUCUCAGCCAUCUACAUUACUCAGUGUUGGCCCUGGGAGACUCAAAUUACCCACAGUUCUGUAAAACAGGGAAAACUCUGGAUAACAGAUUUUGUGAGCUGUCAGCAGUCAGAGACUUAGACUGUCAGACUGUUGACAUGGAGGACUGGGAGGUCAUUUCUGAUUGGAUGGAUAGAGUGGUGGGCGUGGUUAGUGAUAUUGACCUGAAGGUCAGAAUGGACUACCUCAGUGUCAGUUCUCUGGGAGAGGGAGAGGGACACAACAGGACCAAUCCUUUCUUUGCAAAAUUAAUGGUGAAGCGAUUGCUGACAUUUGUAGAGGAUGAUGAAGACAAGGCCACGAUUCACUGUGAGUUUGACAUUACAGGUAGUGGGCUGACAUGGCUCUCAGGUGAUGCAUUGGGUAUUUAUCCAAAGAACAAUCCCUGUUAUGUACAAAGGAUUUUACAGACUCUUGGUUACAGUGGAUUAGAGAAGAUAGAUACACAAGACCAAAGUCUGCCUGCUCAUAUUGACGGUGUCAUAACAAGCAGAAAGAUGCUUCUUAAAUAUCUGGAUAUAAAGCAUGUGAGGCCAGAAUUUUUAGAAGAAAUUCUGCAUUUUAUAAGCUGUCCCUUACAAAAGAAAACAUUGGAGGACCUCCUUCACUCACAACUUGCUUCAAAUAUACGAGAAUAUCUGUCACAAAGGGAGGUAAUUGAUAUUUUGGAGGAGUUUAAGGUUGAUGGAUUACCUGUCGAAAGAUUCCUGUCUCUUCUGAAGCCAUUACAGCCCAGAUACUACUCCAUAUCAUCAUCUCCUCAAAAUGAUUGUAACACUGUGUGUGUUACAGCUGCUGUAGUUCAGUACACCUCACUGGGCAGGUGUCGAGAGGGAGUGACCACCUGUUACCUUCAUAACAGGCUCCAGCUGGGGGAUCAGUGCCCUGUGUUCAUCAGCAGGAACCCAGACUUCAGGUUGCCUAGCAACACCAGGAUUCCGCUUAUUCUGAUUGGUCCAGGGACUGGAAUAGCUCCGUUCAGAGCAUUUUUGCAGGAAAGAGCAUUGGUAAAUGAAGAGGACAGGGGUAUGACUUUCCUUUACUUUGGAUGUAGACACAGAGAUAAGGACUUUUUGUACAGGGAAGAACUUGAAAAAUUGCAAGAAAACUUUGUGCUACGUCUCCGGGCAGCAUUUUCUAGAGACCAGAAAGAGAAGAUUUAUGUUCAAGACUUACUCCUAGAGGAUAGUGCCUUAGUGUGGAGUCUUAUCAACAAGGAAAAUGCUGCAGUAUAUGUAUGUGGAGAUGCUAAGCAAAUGUCACAUGAUGUCCAUAAAACCUUGUUAGAGAUUAUCAUUACCCAAGGGCAGAUAACUCUAGAGGAGGCCAAAGUUUAUCUUUCAUCAAUGGAGAGAGAGGGCAGAUAUCAGAAGGAUGUUUGGGUCACAUGACCAGGACAUUAAGACAGUCAGCUGUCAGGUGCUAGGGAACUGUGCAAUAAUUAUCAAUAUAUGUGUUCUGAAACCACUGUGAUACAUGUACCGGUGAUUCCUGUUUUAGUUAGACACUUGUACAAAAAAGAGCAUUCUGUGAUAUUUAUGUAUAAUAUACAUGUAUUUUUAUAUUUUAAGGUCUUCUGAUUCACUCAGUUGUCCUAUUGCUAUCUUUUUUGUCAGUCAUUGUGGGCUCUUUGUCAUUCAUCAGUUGUUUACUUUUGAACAUUCAGCUUAUUACACUUUUCAACUGAUACUUUUAUUACCGGUAGAUUUGAGAGAGAUUUAUAACCUAUAUGAUUCAGUUACAUGUAUCGAAAAUUUUAAUGACCUGCUGGGCAUCAAGACACAGAAUUUUGUUUGCCCGCUACAGAAUUUGUGGAUCUCAGACACUGGUAUUAUACUCAGGUGACCAUUAAGGGACUCCGACUCUCAGGUAGGAAGGACAACUCUUUAAUUUAUAAUUUGAUUCAAAAAGUCUUUAAAUGAAGCUUGAAAAUUAAAUAUUUUCAUGCAACAAUUUUCAUUAUAUGCCUCUCAAUGUGCUUCAAGGUUCUUUGCAAAGCUCCGUAAAUUACUUCUAAUUUCAUAUCAUGUUAAUAAACAUUGGUAUCUAAAAAUGCUUUUUCGGGAUAAAAAUUUCUGCUUUUAAUUAGACCUUUCUGAGAAGUUUAAAGAACCUUGAAGCACAUUGAGAGGCAUAUAAUGAAAAUUGUUGCAUGAAAAGAUUUAAUUUUCAAGCUUCAUUUAAAGACUUUUUGAAUUAAAUUAUAAAUUAAAGAGUUGUCCUUCCUGGUGGAGGGUCGGAGUCCCUUAAGGCCCUUUUGGUCUCUUGUUGUAAAUCAGGUGUAGAAAUGAAAAAAAAAAAUCUUAAUUAAUGCUUAAACCUUUUUAAUGUCAGAUUCAUACUUAGGGUACUUUUCAAUAUGUUGCAUAGUAAU